CUCCCGCGAGCCGCUGAUUCAAGGUACGGGUCGGCUUGAUACACGGAGCUCCAGGAGCGAGGACACCAGUGAAUGCUGGCCAGGCUGCUGUUCGCUGGCUGGGCAACAUACCCCUCCAACCCUGUUCAUCAACCAUUCUCCACCUUCCCGACGAACGACAGAUGAUUGCUCCUGCUGCGAGAGCCUGCCUCAGAAACCGCACUGCCGCCCAAGGCAUCCGGUCCAUUACGACAAUCCAGCGCCCUGUCGCCACAGCCGAGCCCGAGGAUCCCCUCGUCAAUGGUAAUCAUCAACCCCUGUCGACCAACCCGACAGUUACACUCUCGCAUGGGCAGCAGCUUUCUUGUCCAUUGGCACCAAGAGCAGAGUCCUGUUGCAUAUGCACGCCGACGUGCCCUGGACUGGACCGAUCAUCGCAACCCGCUGCGAUAUCCGAUCAGAUCUUGACAGCCAACUCUCCCACUCCGUCGGAUUUUACUCCAGUGCAUGCUGCCUCCAAGUGGAUUCAGCCUCCUUCGGAACCAGAGCCGCAGCUCAAGGUGCUUCAGCCCGAUCAUGCCGGAUCGCUGCUUCUUGCUGCCCUCCCUCCGUCCUCGCACAUCAUCACCGGAUUCUCGACCAGCAUCGGAUACUCCUCGAAUAUUAUCUCAUCGCUCUCCAGAGAAGGCGGCUGGUCCGAAUCGGUUUCCCGAAAGGCUGCUGGUGGCCCGCUGUUCUUCCAACAGUACACGGCCCGGGACUCUGCUGGCGACGUGCUGAUCACGCCAAAGUCGUUUGGCAGCAUCGACAUUGUGAGCCUGGACGGCUCGCGUGAGCUCUAUAUACGCCGAAAGAACUUUCUUGCAGCCACCCCUCACAUCGCUGUCGACAACCGUCUCCGUGCCUUUGGACUGAGCGUCGACGGCCUGUUCAACUACAAGGUCAGCGGCAGAGGACAGCUUGCACUGCAGAGCUGCGGUACACUCUACCGCAUCCAUCUCAAGUCUGGCGAGCAGUACAUCGUGCAUCCUAGCUACAUUGUUGGCUGGGACACCUCCGUCGAAACCACUCCUCUGGUCGCACCGUCGACACCGCAUGUGGCUCUGGAACAGGCUGCAAAGACACAGGCUCAAGAUGCCACUGCCUCUGCCUCUGCCUCUACCUUGGCCAGUCGCAUCGGCGAGUCGAUUACAGGCUAUGCCCGUGCUGUCAAACACAGCUCGGUGCGAACAGUCCUCUGGGUCCUCUGGGCCGUCCGAGCCAGAGUCAAAGCCGCUCUCGAUGGCGACAAGGGACUCUACCGCCUCGAAGGGCCAGGCGACAUCUAUAUCUCGUCCCAUGCCGAGUCAUCGUCGUACAUCUCCAAAAUACUCACGACUCCCAGCCUCAACGAGGAUCAAGCUCGCGCCGUUGCCGAGCAUUACAAGAAGUUGUAGAGUGGACCACGCAACCGGGCCAUCGGGAAAGUCUCUGGUUGUCAAUUAUUCGCAACUGCUA